AUGGACCACUACUUCAAGCUGUUUGAUGAUUACUUACAACAUGACACAUUCAUAGAAGGGUUCAGUAACAUAUCUUUCAUCUUCGUUAUAUCUUCUGUUCUCCUUUUCGGUAUUGUGGCAGUCUGUAAGUUGUAUGAAGAAAGUCCACUCCUAUUACAUCCAGAUGAUGUCGAGCUAAUGAGAAGUUAUAGAAGAGGUUUCAUAGAGGAAGAAGAAUUCGCUCGGAGGGUUGAAGAGGCUCAAUCGAGGGAAGAUCAAACAUGCGCGAUUUGCUAUGGGAAUUUUCGUUUCACCGUUUUGACAAAUUGUGGACAUAUGUACUGCUGUGAAUGUAUCCAUGGGUAUUGGUCAUUCCGUGGAAACAUAAUUUCUCUGAUAAAAUGUCCAAUCUGUCGAACAGACAUAACUCUGCUGUUACCUGUCGAUUGGCCUACGACCCCUGAUGAUCAGAAUCAUCUUCGCGACAACCUAUCAAAGCUAGACAACUAUAAUAAACGAUUUUCCGGAAACCGUCCAUGGUUAGACUACAUUACCGAUCUUCCUGUGCUGGUUCCAUACAUUCUGCGAAAUAUAUUUGGAUUCAAUGCAUUAACGAUUAUGUUCCGGAUACGAGUUCUUGUAACUGUUAUGUUGAUUUGUGGUUACGUGCUGUCUCCAUUUGAUAUUAUUCCCGAAGCCGUUUAUGGAGCAUUAGGAUUGAUGGAUGACAUCUUCGUGGUUGUGGUGCUUCUAGUUCAUAUUUCUAUUACUAUUCGCCAUUUUUUGGCUCAUCGAGGAGACGACUAA